AUAAUAUAACAAUCCAUUACAGAACAUGUUGUGGAGAACACGCGUUUAUUUACAUAGGCGUUCAGAACGGAUCUGGGCUAAGUAACUCCUAGCCUUGGAACUCCGGUGAAAUCACGAAUUACUUUUAUUUUUCUUUUUUGCAUCAUUUACGCCGACGCCGAUUGUGAGCAAAAGUGUGUGCGGUUGGACGAGCUAAGUUUGGAACCUACUUAAAUGUGUUAGUUAAACUUGACUUGAGAACAGCACUGACAAAAGCAGGAGUAGGAUUCUGUGUAGCGGAUGCUUUGGAUUAUACAAUGGAAGAGGAGGUAGAAAAAGAGGAAGGAAACGAUGAAGUUUUUGCUUUUGACGAGGAUGAAGCCCAAAAAGAUAAACCUCCUCCUUCGGAAUAUGACAGUGGAAUUGAAGUGACACCCUAUAAAAUUGGCAGAAAAGAAUGGGAAGAGCUGUACAUUGCCGUGUUGUACACCAUCAAGCACAAAUUGGGAGCGAACAGCAGUGGUUACUCGGUGUACGCCGAGGAUCUGUACGACUAUGCGCAGGAGGCGUUCUGUAUGUCCGACGAAGACCACAAGAGGUUUCUCAGCAUUGCUCAGGAUGAGAAGCCUCCUAUUCUUGUGUUGAACGUAACCGUAGUAGAAGCACAAGGUCUCGAAGCUAAAGACCCUAAUGGUUUCAGUGAUCCAUAUUGCAUGCUGGGGAUCCAACCAGGCAACACCCUUGACAGACGGAAUAGCUCAGAUGAAGAAUUGGGGACGGGAAGCAUUAAGGGAAGUCCCAGACGCCAGGGAGGCCUCAAGAAACUGGGAGCAUCCCUCAAGCGCAGGGACAGAAUCCGAAGCAACAGCAUUUCUGACACCCUUCCAGCAAAAUUCAUCCGUACGACAUCGGUGAAGCCGCAGACACUGAAUCCCAAGUGGAACGAGCAGUUCAGACUAGAUAUCGAAGAUAUCCGGACAGAUAAGCUUCAUCUAGAUAUUUGGGAUCAUGAUGAUGAAUCAUCAGUUUUCGAUGCUGCGAGAAAAUUAAAUGAAGUUUCCAGUUUGAAAGGUUUAGGAAGGUAUUUUAAGCAGAUUGCUCAAUCAGCGCGCACAAGUACGGGAGAGAAUAUUGACGAUUUUCUGGGAUGUGUUAAUAUGAGAUUGGAGGAUAUCCCUUCAUCCGGAUUGGACCGUUGGUUUUGUCUGGAGGGAAGGACAGAACGAUCAAGCGUCCAAGGUCAGAUCCGCUUGAAGCUCUCUCUGAGCACCCGUGAAGACAAAGAUGGCAACAAUGAAGAAGACAAUUGGAAAGAAGUGGUGGAGCACAUGGAGCUUUUCUGGGUCUUCAUCCAACAUGAAUUAAAGCAACACUUUGGCCCGAGUUAUGAAUGGGCAGGAGACUUACCUCAACCUGCACUCACUAUUUUACAUCAGCAUGCUAUUCAGGGCGACAUAACAGAGCUUCAGCAGACACUCUGUCGUUGGAUCAUGUAUAGCAAGCAACUCAUGGAAGUGCCUCUUGACUAUGCCUUACUCUACCAACUAUUGGAUGAUAUAGCCCGAGCAUGGGGAGAUCAAGAGAACCCGCUUUCCAGAGACGAGGAAGCUGCCCUUGCAGAGUCUUUCAAUAUUUUUCUGGAUUUCUGUCUGAAAAUAAUCCAGAAGCAUCGUGACCUCUUUCCUCCGGGAAACGACUUCACUCAGCACAAACUCACACAUUUGCUCAAGUGUCUUUCUUCUCUUCAUGGCCAAAAGGCAUUCCGGUGGUGCUGUCCUUUUAGACAUGAUUUACAUGUGGAAAUUACAUGUAGUCUGAGAAAAGGAACAUUGGAUUGGUUCAACGCUCAGGUAGCUAAUGCAGAAGCCCUGCUUACAAAGGAUAUGAAAUGGCCUCUGAGGAGUCUGAUCGAUCUCAUCAACACCCUCAACACAGAUGUCUACAAAGGCUACAUCUACUACAAUGAAGAAUUCGAAAGCUCCACUGGUGUUUCCUAUUCAGUGGUCGUAUAUAAGCAACUUGAGAAAAUGGUGAGUGACGUCAUGGGCAACAAAAUCCGGGAUGCCUGCAGCACCAUCGAGGCCGAGCAGGAUGAGGAUUUGGAGUCUGAAUACAUGGUGACAGCUACGGCAAUGUUUGAGUUGUACAUGGCGCUGCAAGAGUUCAUCAAAUUCAGGGACAAUAUUCCAUCGGAUGAAAGAAAAAACUUGACUCUUGUCAAUUACCACCUUUGGUUCAAGGAUGCAGUGACUCAUUGGUUCGUUGUCGCCAAGACGAAAUCACAGAUAAGGAUAAAAAAGGCUGUGGAAUUGGAUAAGGUUACAUUUUUGGACAACUUCGUAAAACAUAGCACCUCAGCUGUUGACACAGCAACAUGCUUUGUUCAAAUCAAAGAGUUUUGGAGGCAACUAUCGUGGCCUGAUCCAGCAGGAUCUUUUACUUUCGUAAUGAAAGUUAUAGAAAUAAUAUGUGAAGGCACUAUAUAUUACGCAAAAUUAUGUCAGCAGAAACUUCAAAAAAUAACAGAAGGUGAAUCUCAGGAAGAUGUGACGGAAAAACUGUGUAUCACUGUGAACAAUAUGGAGCACGUUCUGCAGACCUUGAGGCCUCUUGAGGACGAACUUGGAGUCGAACAGAUCAUCAAAGCUCUAAAUAUGAACCAGGGUGGUUGUACAGCUAACCAGUGUCGGGAAACUAUAUAUGACCUCCUCAAUAAGUCUGAAGAUGACGUGACGGGGAAAAUUUUCAGUAUUAUUUGUGGCAUGGUAGAAAAGCUUCGCCCGGAUAUGAAGAAAUUUGUUUUCCACCUUGCUUGGGCACCAGAAAAACUAGAUGCAGAAAAUGCGAUUCGUCCCUUGCUAGAGAAUUUGGAUACCACUCUUCGGACCCUCUACAACAACCUGUUGCAAGCCAACUUCGACAGGCUCUUGGACAUGAUGUGGACAGUUUUGAUGCACGAGUUGAUGGAAACAACACAAAGUAACAUUGGUAAAGAGCGCCUGGCGUUUUUCGAACGCUUGUAUUCAUCUCUAGCAAUUCUCGUGGAUUUCUUUCACGGAAGUGGUAAAGGUCUUCCACUUGAUUGCAUUCAAAAUGCUCCUUAUCAGGACCUUUUUCACAUGUUGAAGUUGCAAAAAUCUGAAACGCUACAUCUAAUUGAACUUUAUACCCUUCAAAGGUUAGAAGAACAACAAAAAUUAGUGAAACCCACAUACGGUGUUCUAACAAUAAAAGCUUCUUAUAACUCAGCUGCCGAAAGUCUAACCAUAGAUAUUUUGAAUGCCAGAGAGCUUUUGCCUUUGGAUCCAACUGGUUUCAGUGAUCCUUUUGUGAUUAUCGAGCUUGUGCCCAGGCACUUUUUUCCUAACUGUGUUAAGCAGAAGACCAAAGUUCAGAAGAAGACUUUAUUUCCUUUGUUCGAUGAAGCAUUUGAAUUUUCGAUACCAGCUGACUUGCUGCACCGUGAGGGUGCCGGGCUGUGCUUCAGUGUCAUGGACCACGACAUGGUGACGAAGAACGAUUUCGAGGGCGAAGCUUUCCUGCCCCUCUGCAACAUCCCCGAAUCCUCCUCGGAAGAGAUGAAAGAGAUGAAACUGUUCGAACUCUGCCUCAUGCACCCAAAUGAUAAAAAUGAAAUUAUUGUAGCCUUAGCUGCAAGAACUUGGGACAAAGAUGCUCAAGAAUUCGUAAAGAACCUUAAGCAUAGACGAAGAAAGUGUAAAGAAUGCCACACACCUCAGUGUGGUUGUAUGCCUUUUAAAUUCUGAUGCCUCAAAGAUUUUAAAAAUUUGGUCCGGACUGCCUAGCUUCGAAGAGAAUACUGAAGAAAACGGAAAAUGACACACUCCAAAAUUCUAAAACAUAUAACUCAGUCAACCUGGAUGAAAAAGUAAAUUACCAUGAAAUAUAAAGAUCUUAUAAUAUGCUUAAUUUAAUAAUCAACAACUAAAACGCCUCUAUAGCCCUUUUCUACCGAAUAAAACAAACUGACUAACUUAAUACACUAACAUGCCAUUUUAUUUCUGCAUAUUAAUACUCUUAUAACCUAAUAACUAACACGGUAAAGGGACAAACUAUUAUUUAAAUUUUCAAAAAUUUGUUAUAAUUGUUUUAUGGGACAAAAAGUGUUUUAUGUCUUCAGUUAAUAUCUUCUUUGAGCUUGCUCGGUAGCUUCUAUGAGUUUCUUUUAUGAUAUAUGUCAUUAAUCUGUUCUGCUUUGCUUGUGAAUUAUGAGAGGCUUUAGGACAAUUAAACGGCAGAGGUGUGAACUUACGACUAAAGUGUUGUUGUUAGAUAUGAAAUAGCAGCCAGAUAUUCGCCUAUUCACACAAAUGAUUGUAGAAUAAAGAACCAUCAGCGUAAUUUAUAACUUAAGACCUGUUAAACUGACAUAGAUAGGAAACCGCGUAAUCAUGGAACUCAUGAGAACGCGCGAAGUAGGAAAUAUGAAAACUACCAUUGAUGAGAGUGAUUAGAGAAUAACUCUAACAAAUCGGAACAUGUAUCAAGGUAUCUUUCGAUAAGGUAGCUUAACUCAAUGUUUCUUAGUAGUCCUUAGUUGAUUAGUCUUAGACGAAACUUACUUCACGAUUUUGAAAAUAUUUCAUGCCAAGACUUAAUUUGCAUGCUGUUUUUACACUAAAUUGUUAUUGGAUUUAAUGGAUAUCUAAAGAAGCUUGGCCAGUUUUAAAUUAACGGCAUAAUAAUAAAAAUUAUAUUUGUCAAAAAAUAAUUAAGAAAAA